AUGCCAAAUGGUGAUGAUGUUCUUGAAGCACUUCGUUCUUCCAUCGGUUUAGUAUCUUUAGUUUACAUUUGUCGGCUAUAUAUGAAAUUAUCAACUUUUCCAUCAAUAAUCUUACCAUCUACUGCUCGAACACAUCUCAUAAAACAAGCAGUCACUGAUCGCUAUAACAACAGCCAUACAACUGAAGAUAUCAUAAUGGUAACAAAUAUGAUAGAGAUAAAUAAAGAUUUUAUCGAUCGAGUACUGUUAUUAUCAGAUAUGGACAGAAAUAGCAUUACACUUGAUAUAAAUCACAUCACAAUGGAUGUUUUAAAUGAUAUGAUUUUAUUUCCAUUUACCAAUAUUUGUAUUGAUUGCACAAGAUCUCUUACUUCUUAUCGAUACAAAUCAGUCCAUAUUAUUGACUGUUUUAAAACUAAUCGAGCAGUAGCUGUAACUGCUGAGUGUAAAACAUGUACAUUAAUUUACAAUCAUUCGUCAUGGUAUUCAUUAAAAUAUCGAUGGCGAAAAAUCAAUAAUUCAUCAUUAAAUAGCAUACUCAAGGUUUUUUAUUUAUGUGAUUCCUUUGGAUUUACGUAUUCGGUUUUCUUCGAUUAUACAUGCCAACUUUUACAUGACCAGUGUCCAUUCCAAUCUUUUUCUCGAAUAUUGAUUGAUAGAUAUAAUUAUGAACAUCAAAACAACAAUAUCAUCCUACAGCCUAUUCCAUUAGCAAAAUUAUUUCAAUCUCAUUCGUUAUUAUAUCAAAUUGUACGCUUCGAAUUUAUGUUGGGAAAGACACGGAUAGUAAAUUUACCUGUUUCACUUAAUCGGAAUGAACUCAAUUACCAUUUUGAAUGCUAUUCUGGCUGGUGGCAUCAUCUGUUUACUACAUUUUGGUCAAGACAUAAAUCAAUUCCAAAUAUUAAAUGUUCUCCAUCAGAUUGUAGUCGAUGUGUUAUUGUCGAUGGGCAUCAAAAGUGUCGACGAUUAGUGUGUAGUUUUAAAAAUAUUGUCGAUACUUCCAUUGAAGAAAUGACUUCCGUUGAAAUAGGUUGUCCAUAUACACCUUGUCGAAGAAUGCAAUCGUCAGAUUCAGUGGAUGCAAUUUAUUGUCGAUAUCAUCAACCCUCAAUUCUUUUAUCGCCGUCUCUUGAUUUACAAAAAGCUAGUGAAAGAGCUGCUGAAUUUUCGACCAUUAUGAACUCUGACCAUCCAUCACAUGAAGGACGAUUCGUUGGCUUAAACAGUCAAGCAGCUGAACAAGCUUUUCAAUAUAUAUCACGUGCCAAAUUUGCAUUACGAAAUUUCUCAUUUCCUCAUUCGACAGCGAUGCUGUUGAUUAUGCUGCAUCUCUUGAACUGCAAAAUGACUGGCAUCAAUUCAGAAAUAAUUGGCGUGGAAUUUCUACAUUUUGGUGACAUAAUCAAAGACUUUUUUGCGACACCAUGUAUAUAUGAACGCUUCGGUACGUUAAAUGGUGAAGAAUUAAGCAAAGAUGACGAUGAUGAUCAGUCAGAUCUUGAUCACAAUAUUACGUUCGAAGAUAUGCCAUAG